AAACAGCCCAAAAUUUGCUCGAAGGAAAAAUUUGCUCUCUGGAAAGCAUCAUUGUGGUAAAGGUCGUAAUGCUAGAGGAAUCAUUACAUCAAGGCAUAGGGGGGGGGGUCAUAAGCGCCUAUACCGUAAAAUAGACUUUCGACGGAAUGAAAAAGACCUAUAUGGUAGAAUCAUAACCAUAGAAUAUGACCCUAAUAGAAAUGCAAACAUUUGUCUAAUACAUUAUCGGACUGGUGAGAAGAAGUAUAUUUUACAUCCGAGAGGGGCUCAAAUUGGAGAUACGAUUGUUUCUGGUACAGAUGUUUCAAUCAAAAUUGGAAAUACCCUACCUUUGACCGAAUCCCCUUAGGCACGACUAUACAUAACCUAGAAAUCACACGUGGAAGGGGUGGACAAUUAGCUCGAGCAGCGGGUGCAAUGGCGAAACUGAUUGCAAAAGAGGGUAAAUCAGCCACAUUAAAAUUACCUUCUGGCGAGGUCCGUUUUAUAUCCCAAAAUUGCUCCGCAACAAUCGGACAAGUCGGAAAUGUUGGGUUCAACCAAAAAAAUUUGGGUAGAGCUGGAGCUAAACGAUGGCUAGGUAAGCGUCCUGUAGUUAGAGGAGUAGCUAUGAACCCCGUAGACCAUCCACAUGGGGGCGGUGAGGGUAGAGCCCCUAUUGGGAGAAAAAAACCUACAACCCCUUGGGGUUAUCCCGCACUUGGAAGAAAACUAGAAAGAGGAAUAAAUAUAGUGAGAAGCUCAUUCUUCGUCAUCGCAGUUAAUAUAAUAUAUUAUAGUAUCAAAAUUAAUAGAAUAGAGCAAAUUAAAUUUCUUCAUUCAAUUAUAUGAAAAAUAAAAAAAUAAAAGAAUAAUAAAAUUUAUAGGAGUAAACUGUGGCACGUUCACUAAAAAAAAAUCCCUUUGUAUCUCAGAAUUUAUUAAAAAAAAUUGAGAAACUUAACAUAAAGGGAGAAAAAGAAAUAAUAAUAACUUGGUCCCGGGGAUCUACUAUUAUUCCAAUAAUGAUUGGUCAUACUAUUGCGAUUCAUAAUGGGAAAGAGCAUCUCCCUAUUUAUAUAAUGGAUCAUAUGGUCGG